ACCAGUUGCUGCUGCACACCCGGAACUACAAACACGGCAGGUACGAUUUGCAUCUGUGCCGAUUAUGUUGCAAAUAACGCGCACACACAAAACGUCAACACUACAAGAUGGACGUUGGCGUGCUGUCGCGAUGCUGCUGCUGCUGCUGCUGUCGUCGUCGUUGAUGUGUCGGGACGACACCGAGUAGGAUGUUACUCGCGUCCGCCGCGGUCGUGUGGGAAUGGCUGAAUGAGCACGGCCGCUGGCGGCCCUACAGCCCGGCGGUAUGUCACCACAUCGAGGCGGUCAUCCGUAGCGACCCGCGCUGCGCUAGCGUGGUCCUCGGCCAGGUGGACUCUCGCCUCUCGCCCUACAUCAUCGACCUGCAGUCCAUGCACCAGUUCCGCCAGGACACGGGCACCCUUCGAGCGGUCCGGCGUGGCUUCUAUGAGCCCACCUCAGCGCCCGGCCAGGGCUGGCUGUGGGAGUGGGAGAACGACGUGGGCAGUUGGACACCGUAUGACACGGAGGUGGGCAUCGCCAUCCAGGCGGCGCGGGACCGCCAGCAGCCCUGGCUGGACCUGUCACCGCUGGGUUUCUGCUACCUUAUCGACUUUGGGAGCAUGACCCAAAUCAACGGGCAGACGCGGCGAUGCCGUCGCAUUCAGCGACGCGCCGAUUUGGCGUACCCCUUGGUGUCAGGCCCCCUGCCCAAAUCCCAGCACGCGUGGGCACCCGCGUCCGCUCCACACCCCGGAGGAUUUACGGACAUUACCGCAGGGGGUGCGGGAAUCAGAAUGGGCGGUGCGGGGGGAGGCAAUGGUAGCGCGUACCCCAGCGGGGCACUCCCCGCUUCAGCUAUCACCUCUCUGGGAGCGCCCUGCGCCUGCCAGCAGUGCAUGCUGCUGCUCAGUGUCAAGGUGGGCACUGUGUCCAACGCUCAAACUCUGGGUCGGAGACCACCUCAGACUAAACCGCCUAGUCCCAAACUUAGCAGUCAUUUGAUCCCUGGAGGGGCCUGGUCACUCACCCUACCACGACUGCCCUCCAUCUCACGGUCGUUCUCCCCUCAUAGGACGUCCGUAGUCGGGGCGACGGGCGGCGGUCUCGCUAUGGCGAGUACAGGUACGAGCGGCGGCUUCGCACACUCGCUCUCCCUUCUCAGCUCGGCCACCACCGCCCUGUCACUGAACUCCGGCCGCCCGCCACCCCCAUCGCUCCCCCCACCGCCGCCGCCCUCACUGUCCACCCAGCCUCACCCUUCCGCCUCGCCACCCUGUUCGACUUCUGCGGCGCCCGCUCCGGGCCCGCCUCUCGCCUCGGCCGGCGCGCCCUCACCUUCCGCCCGCGUGCUGGGCCCGCUGACUACAACUCUGCCGCCGCGGUCCAGCCUGGCGGGGCUGAGCCGACCGGCGCUGCAGCGUCUCGCCAUGGCUCAGUCCCGCGCUCUCAUCGCCUCAGGGGUGCCGACGGUUCCCGUCAAGAACCUGAACGGUUCCAGCCCUGUGCACCCUGCCCUAGCCGGGAUUACCGGCAUCCUCAUGAGUGCGGCGGGUCUUCCCGUCUGCCUGACCCGUCCUCCCAAGCUGGUGCUUCACCCACCGCCUGUCAGCAAGAGCGACAUCAAACCCGUACCGGGUCUGGGCCACUGCUGUCGCAAAACCACCAAGAAGCAGGCCCGCAAAGGUAGGACCCCCGAGGAGGUGGUUAAGAGAUACCUUCAGAAAGUUCGAAAUCCCCCUGAAGAGGACUGCACCAUCUGCAUGGAAGUCCUAUCGGGUCCAUCGGGCUACAAAGGCCCGGGCGUGGGCGGCAUCUCCCGCGCAGAGUCGGUGGGUCGCCUGGCGCAGUGCGGCCACCAGUACCACCUGCAGUGCCUGGUGGCCAUGUACAACAACGGCAACAAGGACGGCAGCUUGCAGUGCCCCACGUGCAAAACCAUAUACGGCGUCAAAACCGGGAACCAGCCUCCGGGCAAGAUGGAGUACCACGUCAUCCCCCACUCGCUCCCCGGACAUCCUGACUGCAAAACCAUCCGCAUCAUUUACAACAUUCCUCCUGGCAUUCAGGACCUGGAGCACCCAAACCCCGGCAAACCCUUCACCGCCCGUGGCUUCCCAAGACACUGCUACCUCCCGGACAGCGACAAAGGCCGAAAGGUUCUGAGGCUGCUCCUGGUGGCGUGGGACCGCCGCCUCAUAUUCUCGGUGGGUACGUCCAGCACCACCGGCGAGUCGGACACGGUCAUCUGGAACGAGGUGCACCACAAGACGGAGUUCGGCUCCAACCUGACGGGCCACGGCUACCCCGACCCGGGCCACCUGGACAACGUUCUGGAGGAGCUGAAGGCUCAGGGCAUCACCGAGGACGAAUGUCUUCCCAGAGAUUGAGCCAAUCGUGAAAACGAAUUCAUCCGUCAUUUAUAGGUGAGGUCUGGAUUUUUACCUUCAAGCAGGGGUGGGGGUGACCUAGCUUCUCAUCUGGCCCGCCCGCCUUUCAAACCUCAGAGUAGAAUCAACAAGAUGAUCUUUUUCACCAGUUUGUCAAGCGUUAAACGUCGGCCUCAAAAGCAGUGCUCUGAAUGUUUGAUUCAUGGUACACGUUUCCAUGGAAACUGGUAAUUGUUGUUUUUAGGCUCCAAAAAGGAUGAUGUCAUGUAAAGUAGUGAACAAAACAAAAAUGUCUGUAAUCCAUCCAUCCCAUGUAAACAAGAUCUAAAAAAAUAAAAAAUAAAAAAUCUUAGAAUGCGAUACUCGUAGGUUUUCAAAACAUUUGAUCUUUUUUCCAUUUUUUUUUUCCCCCACCGUUAUUUUCGGGUAUAUUUUUUAUCAAUGUUGUCUUUGCAUUUUUCCAAACACUUUACAUGGAAAACAGUAAAGUUGAGUUCUUUUAACGUUUCAGUCUGUAAAAUGCUGAUUUCAUGUAAGCGUCAAAACAACAGCUAUUUAAAACAAUUUACUUUGAACAAACUCGAGUCUACUUCAAUUCGUAAUAAUUGUUCUCGUUUCUCAUGUUAGGUAACAUUUUUCAUUUUCCCGUGUAUUCACAAUGGUGCUCUGAGGUUUUCACCCCACCCCUGUCUUAAAGGAACAGCGACAAAAAAAAAAAACAAUAACAACAUGCAUGACCUGCAAAAUUGCGUUUUGAUACCACUGUGCACAUCCAGUACAAGUCAGUCAGUGUUCAAUUACUUCAAACUGUGAGACUUCUGUCAAAAAUUGAGCAUGGACGUUUGCUGACCUCUAGAGUUACUUCUGGACAACUACAUUUCAUUUUAUUCAUUUGUUACUUCUGACAUUACUGUAUAAACUAUCAGCUGACGUGUUUGUAUUUGGAUUUUGCAAUGACUUAAUUCUUAUUUAUGUUAUUUGAGGUACAUCUAGACAUGUUUUAGUUAUUUAUGCAUUCUUUUUGUUGUUUUUAAUUGUCAUUUUUAAUAUAAAAUUGUAUAUGUAACUAUUAAAAGCAUUUAUAUUUUAUGUAUGGAUGUAUGCACCUUGUAUGUAUGUUAUAUAUGUGCGCAAAUUUGCAUUAAAGUUUGUUUUUUUUCCCUC